UUUUUAUAUAUGGGCAAAAGUCGUUGUCAGCCUCAUCCGUCAUUGAAAUAGAUCGUCACGUGCAUUAUCAACGCCCCCCCUGCAUAUUUAGCGAUGCCCAGGCUUACAAAAGACCACCUAUAUACGUAGAUUGUAGAAAUCCGAAUCCCGCGAAUUCCUUCAGAUCGCCCUUUCGGAAGCAGAUAUAUCGGCAGCUUGUCCCCGCCAGUAUCGCACCGAGCAACGUUUUGCGCGAAAGGCGGACAUGUCCGCUAAAGCUACAGCCUCCGGAGCAGACAAGGGCAGUGGAGCGAAGUCGCGGGACCACAACCAGGGGAACCAGGACAGGAAAUGCACGGUUGAGCAGAAGGCGGCGGUGAUUCGGGUGCGGAGAUGCUCGCCCACGGCGUUCUACGAAAUCUUGGACCUGGAGAGCGUCAAGUCGACUGUUACGGAGAGUGAGAUCAAGAAGGCAUAUAGGAAGCUGAGCUUGCUCACGCAUCCGGAUAAGAAUGGACAUGAGCAUGCGGAUGAGGCUUUUAAGAUGGUUAGUCGGGCGUUUGGUGUCUUGGGCGAUAAGGAGAAGAGAGACAAGUUUGAUCGCUUUGGAGGCGACCCGGAUAGCAGAUUUGGUGGCGGCAGCAGUGCGCCACAGUCGAAUCCAUUCAGUGGAUUCGGAGGGAGGGCGCCCUCUGGGGGUGGCCCAGGCGCUGCGAGAGGCGGUUGGGAUGAUGAAAUAAGUCCGGAGGAAAUGUUUAAUAGGUUCUUUGGAGGUGGCAUGGGAGGUGGCUUUGGUGGUGGUGGCUUUGGAGGCGGAGGCAUGUUCGAUGCAGGUCCUCAAUUCGUUUUUAAUUUGGGAGGAGGCCCUGGUAUACGCGUACACCAAUUUGGCGGGGGAAGACCACAAAGGAGACCGCGAGAAGCUGGCGCCGCAGACACCCCCGAACAAACUUUACGAUCCACCAUCGCUGGUCUACUACCUAUACUGAUACUGUUUAUUGUCCCUCUGCUCAGUUCGUUAUUCUCUGGGGGCGAAAGCGUGCCCGCGGGACCACAAUUCCGCUUCACCAAUCCCGACCCACCAUAUACGUUGCACCGUUUAAGUAAGAACUUAAAUGUCGACUAUUAUGUCAAUCCCUUGGAGGUGGCAGAUUUUUCGAACAAGAAAUUCUCGCAGCUGGAUCAAAGGGCCGAACAAACCUAUACGAAGGCUCUGAGGAUAGAGUGUGAGCACGAAGUCGACAGGAGGCAGCGAGUUGUGAAUGAGGCGCAGGGCUGGUUCUUCCAGGAUCCUGAUAAGAUGAAGCAGGCUCGGGGGAUGGGGAUGAAGGCAUGUAGGAAAUUAGAAGCGAUGGGACAAGUACCUAAAGGGUCCUUUUAAUAAGGGCUGUUUUUGUUGCAAAGCGUGGCGUUCCGGAUAUGGGCGGAAGGACCUUUUACAUAUCAUCAUGUUGUUUAUAGA